GACGCCUCUGUGUGGCAGAGCGCCGCGAUUCCACUCAGAGCGGGGCUUCAUGAGGAGGUAGGAGCGGACCGGAGAGCUGACACGUCGAGCGGUUUCACGCUCCUUCAGGAUACCGACUCCAGAGAGAGGCGUCCCGGGGUCAGCUCGGACAUCAGCCCGGACACCAGCCCGGACAUGGCGGAGGAGGCCUGCGAACAGAUGCGCCCUCUCCUCCUCACAUCUGGGAACGAUGAGGAGGCGGUGGUGGACCUGGGGAAGACCAGCUCCACGCUUCACACCAACUUCGAGAAGGAGGAGCUGGAGAGUCACAGGGCCGUCUAUGUGGGCGUGCACGUGCCCAUGGGUCGGCAGAGCAGGAGGAGACACCGUCACCGCGGCAACAAGCAUCACAGGAAGAGACGAGAGCGCAGCUCCGACCACGAGGACGGCCGGGAGUCACCGAGCAACGACACGCCGUCCCAGAGGGUGCAGUUCAUCCUGGGGAUGGACGACGAUGACGAGGAGCACGUCCCCCACGACCUGUUCACCGAGCUGGACGAGCUGGCCUUCAGGGACGGCCAGGGCCAGGAGUGGAAGGAGACCGCCAGGUGGCUGAAGUUCGAGGAGGACGUUGAGGACGGGGGCGAGCGCUGGAGUAAGCCCUACGUGGCGACGCUGUCGCUGCACAGCCUGUUCGAGCUGCGCUCCUGCAUCACCAACGGCACCGUGCUGCUGGACAUGAGGGCCGGCACGCUGGAGGAGAUCGCAGACAUGGUGAUUGACAGCAUGCUAGCGUCGGGGCAGCUGGAGGCAGGGGUGGAGGACAAGGUGAAGGAGGCCAUGUUGAGGCGCCACCACCACCAGAACGAGAAGAAGCUGAGCAACCGCAUUCCCCUCGUGCGCUCCUUCGCCGACAUCGGCAAGAGGCAGUCAGACCCCCACCUGCUGGAGCGCAAUGGUCUGCUGGCGUCGCCCCAGUGCCCCGGGAACCUGGACCAAAGCAAGUCCUGGAGGGCCGCGGUACCCCCAGGAGGAGGAGGAGGGAAGGAGAACAGCACUGUGGACUUCAGCAAGGUCGAUAUGAACUUCAUGAAGAAGAUCCCCCCCGGGGCAGAGGCCUCCAACGUCCUGGUCGGGGAGGUGGACUUCCUGGACCGACCAAUCAUAGCCUUCGUCAGGCUGUCCCCGGCCGUCCUGCUGACCGGCCUCACAGAGGUCCCGGUCCCCACCAGGUUCCUCUUCCUGCUCCUGGGGCCGUUCGGGAAGGGCCCGCAGUACCACGAGAUCGGGCGCUCCAUCGCCACGCUGAUGACAGACGAGGUAUCUUCAUGACGUGCCUACCGGGCUAAGGACCGCUCUGACCUGCUGUCGGGGGUCGAUGAGUUCCUGGACCAGGUGACGGUGCUGCCCCCCGGGGAGUGGGACCGCAUCCGCAUCCAGCCCCCCAAGACCAUCCCCUCCCAGGAGAAAAGGAAGAUGCCCGCCCUGCCCAAUGGCUCCUCCCACUACUCUGACAUCAUCAAGGAGGCGGAGCAUCAGACCGGGCCCGAGCUACAGAGGACUGGGAGGUUGUUUGGCGGUCUGGUGGCGGACGUGCGUAAAGCCCCCUUCCUGGUCAGCGACCUGCGCGACGCGCUCAGCCUGCAGUGCCUGGCCUCGGUCCUCUUCCUCUACUGCGCCUGCAUGUCCCCCGUCAUCACCUUCGGGGGGCUGCUGGGCGAGGCCACGCACGGGAACAUCAGUGCGAUUGAGUCUCUGUUCGGGCGUCGCUGACCGGGCGUGGCCUACUCGCUGUUCGCCGGGCAGCCCCUCACCAUCCUGGGCAGCACCGGGCCCGUCCUGGUCUUUGAGAAGAUCCUCUUCAAGUUCUGCAGUGACUACGAGCUGUGCUACCUCUCGCUGCGGACCAGCAUCGGGCUGUGGACCGCGCUGCUCUGCCUGCUGCUCGUCGCCACGGACGCCAGCUCGCUGGUGCGCUACAUCACGCGCUUCACCGAGGAGGCCUUCGCCGCGCUCAUCUGCAUCAUCUUCAUCUACGAGGCGCUGGAGAAGCUGGGGCACCUGGGGAAACUGUACCCGGUCAACACACACGCCGCCUUGGGCAACGCCACCGACGACGCGUGCCGGUGUUCCGCUGCGGCCAACUCCUCCCAGCCGGCCUCCCGGGGGUGGAACAGCAGCGAGGUCCUCUCCCUGGGCCCCCUGGACGAGCAGGAGUGUUUGAGGCAGGGGGGGAGGUUCUCCUGCCGCUACGUCCCUGACGUCCUCUUCUGGUCCAUCAUCCUCUUCUUCACCACCUUCUUCCUCUCCGCCUUCCUCAAGCAGUUCAAGACCAGUCGCUACUUCCCCACCAAGGUACGCUCCAGCAUCAGUGACUUCGCCGUGUUCCUCACCAUCCUGAUCAUGGUGCUGCUGGACCACCUGGUGGGGAUCCCCUCCCCCAAACUCAACGUCCCCGAGCGCUUUGAGCCCACCUCUAAGAGCCGGGGCUGGCUGAUCUCCCCCCUGGGCCCCAACCCCUGGUGGACGGUGCUGGCGGCCGCCGUCCCCGCGCUGCUCUGCACCAUCCUCAUCUUCAUGGACCAGCAGAUCACCGCCGUCAUCAUCAACCGCAAGGAGAACAAGCUCAAGAAGGGCUGUGGCUACCACCUGGACCUGCUGGUGGUGGCGGUGAUGCUGGGUGUGUGCUCCGUGAUGGGCCUGCCGUGGUUCGUGGCGGCCACGGUGCUCUCCAUCUCCCACGUCAACAGCCUGAAGCUGGAGUCGGAGUGCUCCGCCCCCGGGGAGCAGCCGCGCUUCCUGGGCAUCAGGGAGCAGCGCGUCACCGGCCUGCUCAUCUUCCUGCUCAUGGGCUGCUCCGUCUUCAUGACCCCCGUGCUCAGGUUCAUCCCCAUGCCGGUGCUCUACGGGGUCUUCCUGUACAUGGGGGUCUCCUCUCUGAAGGGCAUCCAGCUGUUCGACCGUAUCAAGCUGUUCGGGAUGCCCGCUAAGCACCAGCCCGACCUCAUCUACCUGCGCUACGUGCCGCUGUGGAAGGUGCACCUGUUCACCCUGGUGCAGCUCACCUGCCUCACGCUGCUGUGGAUCACCAAGGCCUCCGCCGCCGCCGUGGUCUUCCCCAUGAUGGUCUUGGCGCUGGUGUUCAUCCGGAAGCUUCUGGACUUCUGCUUCACUAAGAGAGAGCUGAGCUGGCUGGACGACCUCAUCCCCGAGAGCCGCAAGAAGAGGGAGGAUGACAAGAAGAAGAGGGAGAAGGAGGAGGUGAAGAGGCUACUGCAGUCUUCUGAGGACCUGACCAAGUCCCUUAAAGGAGGCGCCGACCCCUCCGUGGUGAACAUCUCCGACGAGAUGUCCAAGACCAGCCUGUGGAAGGCCCUCUCCUCCAGGGCCGAGAGCGGCCGCGGCCCCAAGGCCAGCCCCCGCAGGCCGGAGGUCCCGCCCAGCGUCCGGGUCACCGUGGAGGAUGAGGAGCCGGUGGUGAGCUCCGAGACCUCCAUGUGACGGGGGUCCACGGACCACCUCACCGUCCACCGCAGAGAGGCCUCCGACUGUCAGAGAGAGGGAGACUGGGGAGGAGGAGGAGGAGGGACUGAGGAGGAGGAGGAGGGACUGAGGAAGAGGAGGAAGGACCUGAGGAGGAGGAGGAGGGACUGAGGAAGAGGAGGAGGGUGGUCUGAAGGUCGUGCUUCAUCCUCCGUCUGUAAACCUGCAGCCCUGAAGACAAUGUUUCUGCCGCUGUGCUGUGUGACGGACAGCUGCCCACACACUCCGAAGCCCCUCCCACCUGUAUGGUACACACACACACACUGACCGACUGACUGACUGACUGACUGACUGACUCCUUCAUAAAGAAGUGAAGAUAUUUCUUUUUAAACCAAAGUCGUUUCACUAUUGCUGUUUUUUCUUUCCUUCAUGUUUUAAAGAAGACGUUUGUAAUGCCUCCUCAUCUCCUCUCCUAGGUUGUACUACCUAGAUGAACGCGACUAGAGAUACGAAGCUAGAUAGCUAGCACGGUCGAGUGCUAUUAUCGUUUUAGUUACGUUCUGAAUCGCACUUACAGAUGAAUUGCCUUAUUUGUAGUUUACCAACCCAGCCUUGAAUACAUUACAAGCCUUAAUGCCUUCUGCUUGCUCUUAGCACUCAGGCACUGAACGAUUCUACGUUGAGAAUGGGUCCAUGUUUCAGAUCCAUUUUCAGUUUCGUAGCAGAAACAAAAACGUUGCCAUCAUAUGCAAAUUAGACCCUUAUUCUGAUGAGGCAUUUCAGUUAGAGAAAUGACCAUAGCAUAUCCCAGAUAAAAAUGAGAUUGAGACCACCUCGCUGUUAUUUUCAAUACAAAGGCCCCUGCCACCAAAGAAUGAAACUAUAUUUUGUUAAGAGGCAGUGAAGGGUUGAAGAAUAUUGUUGUUUGUAUUGAGUUCUCCUGAUAUCGAUGACCGUGAGGCUGUUCCCUCUGAGACCUACACACCUGUAGAUGGUACUGAAUGCUUUGCGCCAAGUAAAGCAUUGGUGGCUCAUUUGACAAUUAUAUAAUAAUUACGUAAUAAUUUGAUAAUUAUUCAUGUUCGUUUUGCAGUUUUCCUAAUGAUUAUACAGUGUAUUCCUUUCGUUCCUUGUUUUGUUAAAGUCUUAAUUUAUGAAGAGAGGUCUUCUCGUUUAUUUGCUGUUGCAAGGGUUAGAAUUUGCGUCUGCAGUACAGUAGGAUUAUUCUGAAACAUUCUCUGUUGAUGUUAUCUAUGAAGGUGUUUCCUUUUAUUUUUUUUCAACUUUUAUAACUAAAUGUAUUGUGGUCUAACCAGGACCACGGGACGGUCCUAGUCCUCAGACUGAAUGAGACUACUGAAAGAUGGAAGACCUCUCUACACUGUCGGCAGAAUGACUUGACCUUUCCUCUCAGUAAGGUGUUAUUUAUGAAUUUGAACAAAAGUGAUGACUGCGGUUCAGAAAAUGUGAUUGUACAAAUGAAGAAUGGCCAGGCAUUUCUGGAAGGAGGUCAUUAGAAACGAAAAAAAAUAUUCUCGGAUCAUUCUAAACCUUCAACCGUUUUGUCACGUUUAAACCCAAUGAAAACAUGCCGGUUUCCAAACAAACUGGUUCAUCUACCAUAUUUACAGUUGUUUUUUUCCUUUUAUUCCAGCAGCAUUGACGUCAUUACGACACUGCUUUAUAGACAUCUGUACAGCCCUAAACACGUUAGUCACAUCAAACAAUAUCGUCAAAUUAAAUCAUAUUUUAUCAUAAAUAUAUUCGGUAGCUCCUAUGUCAAAUAAUAACUUUCCUGAUAAUAUACAAAUUCCAGAUAGCUUUCCCUUUUUGACAAUAACGGAAUGCUUUCCAAUCGAGCUGAGUUGCUGUUUUGAUCUUCGGGUACUUUAGUGGUGAUUCUCGACAGACUGUGACCAAAGAGAAGCGCUGGUGUCCUUUCUGUCUGCGGUGGCCCGAGUCCCCCACUAGAGGGAGCUCUGCACUCCCCCCAAAGAGCACGACAACUUCUGUCAACGUGUUAGAUUUGACUCAAUAUGCAGAUGACCAAUGGAGACACCCGGUUUGUAUUAACCUGGCUUUACACCAAUCACCUCAAUGACAUUUAUGAAGAAUUUUGAAGUCGUACUGAAUUUGUACUAUUUGUAGAACUUGUAAAAUGAUGCAAGGAGAGAUGUUUGUAUUCAAUCGUGUUUUUAUAAUAUAAAUUCUUUAAUGACACAAUAAAGAUUAUAUUGUUAGAAAUCGUCUGUGUGUGUGGGUGGUGCGAGGGCUGUGGGGGUUGAGAGGUGACCCUAACUGCUCUAGCCUUCCUGUCGUGUCAGGGUCAAAUCUGACCGAUAACCAUUUCGAUCAAUCAUAAAUAUUGUGUUUUACAUUUAUUUGUCUCGAGGGCUUAUGAUAUCCUCCACACUAGGCAUUUGAACAUUUUACUCUGAACACAAUGAGUCGGCGCCCCAUCAGAAAGUUUUCUGUCAGAGAAGCUCUUGACCUUUUUUUUUCAAAUUGAUGAAGAGGGGACUGAAGUUGAACCAGCUAUGGAGAAGGAUGUCUCAGAAAUAGAAGACAACGAUCCUGAUUUUGAUCCAGACCAUCAUGAGACCGAACAGUCAACGGAUGGCGAGGAAGAGGCACCCGAGGAAGAGGCACCUGAGGAAGAGGCACCUGAGGAAGAGGCACCUGGGGAGGGGGCACCCGGGGAAGAGGCACCUGGGGAAGACACACCUGAGGUGACAGUCCAAGGAUGGCAACUUGCUCUGGUAUUCAUCCCCCAGGACAGAGGAGGCAGAGCAAGAGGGGAAAAUACCAUUAGGAUGACGCCAGGGCCAACACGGUAUGCAGCAUCUCGUGCGGAUGACAUCAAGUCCAGCUUCCAACUCUUUUUACCAGAGUCCAUUGUGGAGAUUAUACUGGCGAUGACAAACCUGGAAGGGGGGCGUGUGUUUGCGGACACAUGGAAGGCAUUGGACCAGGUAGACCUCCAAGCCUACAUGGGUCUGUUGAUUCUAGCAGGAGUACAUCGGUCCAACAAUGAGGCUAGGAAAAGUCUGUGGGAUGCAGAGUCAGGGAGGCCUAUAUUCCGGUGAACUAUGUCCCUGCAGCAGUUUCAUAUCCUCUCAAGAGUUAUCAGAUUUGAUGACAGAGCUACACGACCUUUCCACUGGCGAGACGACAAACUGGCUGCCAUCAGGAACGUUUGGGUCAGGUGGGUGGAGCGCCGACCACUGAUGCACAAUCCAGACCCCGAGGUGACAGUGGACGAGCGCCUGGUCCCUUUCAGAGGUCGCUGUCCAUUCAAACAGUUCAUCCCAAGCAAACCAGGCAAGUAUGGGAUCGAGAUCUGGGCAGCAUGUGAUGCCAGGAGCAGCUACGCCUGGAAUAUGCAGGUUUACACAGGGAAACCUGUUACUGGAAGGCCAGAAAAAAACAAGCGGGCCUCAAGGGGCAUAACAUCACUUGUGGUAACUUUUUCACAUCACAUGGGCUUGGUCAGGAGCUGCUGAAAAGAAAGCUCACCAUGGUGGAGACAAUGAGGAAGGACAAGCCUCAACUUCCCCCUGCACUGGUGUCGACCACAGGGUGCGAGGCACUCAUCCAAAUUUGCUUUCACUGACGCACAGUCUUGUGUCGUAUUUGCCCAAGAAAAAUAAGAAUGUGAUCCUGAUGAGCACUGUACACAAAGACGCCGCUGUCAGCGAAGCAGAUCACAGGAAACCCCAGACCGUCCUGGACUACAACAGGAACAAAGGAGGCGUUGACUGCCUUGAUAAGGUAACGUAUGUUUUCAUCUGUCAUGCUUUUGAUUUACUUGUAUUCAUGUAAAA